UGUAAGACUCGGCCACUGAUCCGAACAUACAUUAUAUUUCGUACCUUACUUGUCAUGAACUAUCCUACCGCUAUGCGCCACCACUCGUAGCGAACGAGGCAUUACCAUUGAUCGCAUGCGCAGCAUUACACAAGUAUACAUACCAACCGCGGGCGGAAGGAGAACAAGCACGGGGUUCUUCAGCGGUCAGGGACAGCACCGACAUAGCCGCGCAAAUAUGAAUUCUUCAUCAUACUUUCGCCUACCUUCGAUAUUACUGCUUGCGGCAUUUGCAACAGCGCAAGACCUCUACUUCACCUCACCCACUGCCAAUGCCAUCACGGCGCUUGGCUCACCCUUGAACUACACCGCCGGACAAGAUGUGCGGGUUGCAUGGUAUUCGACGUUCAAUGCUACCACUUUGCGGGUAUGGCAGGGACCAAUGGUGGAUGGCAGCUACAUUGGGGAGGUCUUGAGUGCUAGCAAUCCUCCUGGAGCGCAGGCGUAUACCUGGAGCGCGGAGCCACCAGACAGCCAAUCUUCGAGCGGGCUGUACCUUGAACUUGUCAAUGAUAAUGACAGUACCUGCGGGAACUGCAAGGUCGACAGUCUGCCGUUCGUUGUUUCUAGACCGAGCAGUAUAACGAGCUCGAUCACAUCCUCCAGCACGACUGCGAGUUCGACAUCUUCAGCCUCGUCAUCAUCAUCCACUUCGACUUCGACUUCGACUUCGUCAACAUCGUCCCCUUCAUUGACGACAUCAUCUAUGUCGGCGAACUCAGCAGGAGCAACAACCAGCUCUUCGAGCAGCGCAUCGGCAUCCGCAUCCACAACUGACACCACAUCAAGCGCAUCCUCAACAUCUUCAUCGACAGUCACAGCCGCAACGAACAGCGCUGCUGCUCUAAGCAACAAAGCUUCGCAGCACAACCACCAAUUAGUCCUCGGCCUCGCGAUAGGCCUCGGCGUAGGCAUCCCACUACUGCUCCUGCUCCUCGGCUGCUGCAUCUUCGCUCUCUUACGCCGCCGCCGCAAGCAUAACCCUCGACGAUCUACCGCAAAAGGCGACGGCGGCCCCGUCAUCUCCCGUCCAACGCUUGAUAUAGCACGAGGGCAGCAAGACGGAGCGAGCCAGCAUAGCCGACAUCCGCUUCACGCACCAAACCACAUCGCGGCAGCUUACUUCCCCACAACGCGAUGGGGCCGACGCUCCAACGCUGCGUCUACCGCGCCGUCAACGGCGUCGUCAUACCACGGACCCUUCCAGUUCGAGAUCCCGCCUGGCAACCAGGACUUCGAAGCCAAGAGCGUCACCGGCGAAGUGCACGAUGCCGCCUCUCAUGGUUUGGCGCGUUCAAGAGCGAGCACGCCAAGCACCCAACGCACCCAUUGGACGAAUGGGCAGGGAGGAAGGUUGCGGAGUAUUGACGAGUCUGGCGGUAGAGGCGGUUCGGAUGGCGCCAGUGUGCGAUCCAGUGCGAGGACGAGCCCGGAUUGGCCUCUGCCUCCUGGAGCGGGACCAGGGUGGCGAGGAUGAGAUUCGUGCUCGGGCUUUUGCUGAGCUUUUCGUUUAGCGUUACGGCCUUUCAUGACUAUGCGACCACGCCAU